UUGGCCUUAUCGUUGCGGAAAUUAUAAAAGAAGCCGAAAAUCGAGUGCGUGUACACUUUGAAGAUGCGUGCGUCGUUGGUUGUCGUUUUGGCGUUGGUGGUCGCGUUGGUCGGUGCCCAGGACAACGUGUUGCCGCGCCUCAUCGACCAAUUUCCCCUCGGACAUCCCGCCUACGUGCAGCUUUACGCCACGGAACGAGACGUCGACCCCCUCGACAAAUACACGCUCUACAUCUCCAACUUUGAUGCGUACGCCAUUCUCCAGAGGGACGACAUUUACCUGCUGCGCUCGCCAGGACGGCAGCUGAACAACGUGUCCAACUGGGCACCCACCCUGAUCGACAAGCAAAACUACUGGCCCAACGAAGCCAUUUUGAUGCCAAGCAGUGUUGUGGGACGCGAAGGCGUCAUCUGGACGUCUGGUUUCUUGGUGCCAGGCAAACAGUCCGGAGCCCUCAACAUUUAUUUCACCGACGUCGACCCCGUGGAAAGAGUCGGAAACAUCGCUUCACUUGACGAGCUUGGGUUUUCGUACCACCGCGUGAUUUGGUACGACGUGAACAAGGACGGCCUGUUGGACGCCGUGACCGCCAGGUUCAACCUGGGCGCGCCGACCUACGACCUCUUGUGGCUGGAAAACCCCGGCAACGGCGUGUAUGAGGGCUGGACGCAGCACCUGAUUACCUCCGGGCCCGACGUCUACUUCCGGUUGACCACCCUGCAGGCCGCCGGACAGGACUUUACCGUCGUGGUUGCCGCCGAGUUCUUCACCGAACGCCUCGUCCUCUUCUACGCCGCCGACGGCUCUGAUUCCUUCCUCAGCGACCCCUCCACCCUUCUGUCUGUGGUGAUUGACGACGUGAACGUGGGCCUAAUCUUCGACCUGGAGGUCGGCGACCUGAACCUGGACGGCCGACCCGAGGUGAUGGCGUGCGGCUUCAACCACACUCUGGGCAACGUGUUCGUUUUCCCCGUUCCGGACGACUUCCGGUCCGAUCCGUGGGAGCGAAUCGUGAUCGCCGACAACUUCACGGCCAACCCGACCGGCGCGGGGGAGGCCAUGACCCCCGGCGCCCCCCAAGCCUUCUACAAGAGCCUCCAACACCAGCAGUCCGGGGAGAAACCGUACGUGUUCGUGUCCGGCGACGACGACGGAAAGCAUUACAUUUUGGAACCUUUGAGCCAGGACCCUGCCGACUGGAGCUACAAAAAACACCUGCUGGUCGACACCAAUGGCACGACAACAGGAAAAUAUGCGAUUGUCGACUUGGACAACGACGGCUACAACGAGAUUGUUGCCGCCGGCUACACCGCCAAUGAGAUUUACGUCUACACCUACUCACAGCUUCCGUAGAAAGUGUUUAUGAUAAAUAUUAAAAUUUU